AUGGCGAGUCAGUGUAAAAGGCAGCAAUGCACAAUCGACAGGCGCGGCUUUCGGCAGGAACUUGACUCGUGGCGACACAAACUUAUUCACUGUGUAGGUUUUGAGAGCAUUCUGGAAGGUCUCUUUGAUCCGGAGCUGGUAGAAGACCUAAAAUUAUUUAAGGACUUUGAGCCAAUAGCGGUGUCUGACUGGUCAUUUGAUGAAAACUGUCUUUUCUGCUGUUUGAGACGAGACAAAGUAAAGGAACACAUUGGUCUAAGCAACGAGGGGCUUGAGGAUACAACCAAACCUCUCCUGGUGAAAGAUCUGACCACAAUCAGCAGACUAGAGAAACAAGCCGAGGAAUUUCUCAAUGCAGUUCUCUGCAGAAAAGAUGUGCCAAAUUUCUCGGACCCGCACAUUCCAAUAGUGGCUCGAGAGAUCCUUCAGAGAAUGAUCCGACAGUUUGCCUCUGAAUAUACCUCAAAAACCAGCUCCCCUCAGGACAGUUGCCCGGACUCUCAGCCUCGCUCUGACCAAAGCCUGCCGAGCCCACCCUUGCUCUCAGGGGCUCCUCCCUCUACCAGCCCUGCUGCCACCCAGGCUGGGCCUGCACACAACCAGAACCCCGUCCUCAGCAAGCUGCUCAUGGCUGACCAGGAUGCUCCUCUUGACCUCACCAUCAAGAAGACCCCAGCUGAGCCCAGUGAACAAGAUGGAGUCCUUGACUUAUCUAUAAAAAAGAAUCGCUAUAGCGGCAACCUGCCUGUCCGUAGCCCUUGCCUUUCUCCAGCCACAUCCACAGUUAAGGGGCGACCCUUGAGAGCGGACGGACAGGUCGGGCUGUUUAUGAGGAGCCUACAGGAUGGGAGGAGGAGGGAGAAUAUCGGCCACUCCACCCGUUAUAAACCUUCCUCGUCUCUUGCAUACUCGCUGCACAUCAAAGAGGAGGCCGAUCUGGAGAGCGACCCAGAGUCACCUCUCAGCCAUAACCACAGCUCCAGACCCACUGACCUUUUCAGAAAUGGAUCUGCCUCCUGGAAUUCCAAAACUCAUUUUGGAGCUCUCCUCAAACUCAAAGCCGACAGUGAGGCUAGUGAGCAUCUUAAAGACAUACCCAAGCUGUUAGAAGCUGCUGGAUUUUUGACAAAGUCACUUGCCUAUGAGAAAGGAAACCUUCAAGAGGCCUGCACAGACCACAGCCUUUCCCUUUCUCAUUCAUCAUCUUUUGACCUUAAGAUCCCCCAGGUGCGAGUUUUGGCCACAGGAACAGAUGCAUCUUGGGAUUCCUUAUGCAGCGAAUAUUCAGGUUCACUUUGUGAGAAUGGUCUUGGAAAGAAGUUCCGUUCCAUUGUACCCAGGCAGAUCCAGAAAAAGAGCAGCAGAUGUUUUAAUAGCUCAGGUGCGGAGAAGGAAUACUGGCCUUCCAUCACUGAUCACCAAGCCUUGGGUGGAAACUAUCCUCUGGGUUCGGAGUCUGACCUCGGUAACAAGCAGCCAAGGAAGAAACGAGGGCGAUAUCGACAGUACAACACUGAGCUGCUGGAAGAGGCUAUUGUGGUGGUGAUGGGUGGAAAAAUGAGUGUGUCUAAAGCUCAGUCGAUCUAUGGCAUUCCACACAGCACCCUGGAAUACAAAGUUAAAGAGCGAUUGGGGACCUUGAAACAUCCCCCCAAAAAGAAGCCGAAACUGAUAACACAGGCAGAGGAGCAGGCACAGUACCCUGAAAGGAAAGACCUCCAAAACCCUCAACACAUUGUUUCUGAGAAAAGAGAGAGUACGCCUGAAGAGAGUGGGAACGAUUUCCAUGAUGGAAGCCUCUCGUCAAAUGAGUGAUAUCUGGAAAGUCCUAAUAUUGUUGUAGUUUUUAACCAGACAAACGCUGUAUUUGCCAGACAGUGAUAGCAGCUGACUUGUUUUUCCAUAAAACCUUGACAUCCGUGUAACUUUCAGCCACAUUACCCAUAUUUAUUAUUGACUUGUUUGAUUUUAUCCUUCACUUUUGGUCUUUAAUACGCUAAUAUGUUUCUAUAUGGCCGUCUAUUUUACACUCUUCAAGUGUCUCCCUGUCCUGCAUUGUGCUUGGAAGGCAUACUUGCUGUUUGUCAAGAAUUUUAAUGUACUACAGUAUAUUGUUAAUUUCAGAUUAUUUAUUUAGGUAAUGCUCAAAAUAACAAUUUCUGGCUCUAUAAAUGUAUCUUUACCCACAGAGCCAAAUUGAAGCAUGUCUAAGGAAGUGGCGCCCCUCAGUGUCUUCUCUCAGUACUGUUCAUAGCACUUGGAUAUAAUGGAUGUGCAGAGUAAAUUCUGCUGAGCGUGUAUUCCCUCCUCCAUGUAUGUGUGAAAGCAUAUUAAGCAUCCAUUAUUCAAAAGUUUUCUGUGGAUGACAGUGAAAGUCUCUGUCACUGUUUUGCAAAUACACUUCUGGGACUUGAAAUGGACACUGGAGAUGUAAGGACAAAUCGUACAUCCAAACACUACUAUUAUUUAAAAUAUUUAUUAAUAACAAACACUAUUAUUCAGAAUAUUUGUUUAUUAUAGACAAUUAUAAUAGCAUGGUCUGUUGUCCAGAAUUUCACUUCUUUUAAGCCUAGCUUUACAAGCAUGACAGUUUUUUUGCCACAUUUUUUCCUGUAUAUUUUGCUGCACCAUAUGAAUGGUAAUAGUUUUUUUUCAUUGCCUUCACUGCACUCAGGAUAAGUUCAGAAUGGGAUGCAAUACUUGUCAGUCAAAGAAAACGUCUCUCUUAGGUUACAAGUUACUGUAAACACAUUAAUAUACCUCAGCUACAGCUAUGCUUAACUACAUCAUUGCCUCAUACAAGGCACCUCUAACAGGGAAGGGUUAGCACACCCAGACAGCCCUUUGAGGUAACAUUCAGGAUGUCAUACUGACAAGUGUGUAUCUGACUCUCAGAUGUCUUCACAACCUACCUUAACUAGUUAACAGUGGCAUUUCAAUGCCAAGCCUUCAGAGCAUUUAUUACUAUUUGUGGCAUGUCUUUCUCAAAGACUGGAAAGACAGACAUUUUUAUUUUUCUUUUGGUUUUCAAAAUAAUGCAAAAACAACAUUUCCGUACAUAUGUAGAACAAAUACAUAUGCAAUUAUACACACACAUAUACACAUAUCUUGCUUGCCCAUGGCACAUGACAAAGGUGCUUUCGGCAAUCACAGAGUUUUUAUUUGUAAAAAAAUGAACUUUGAAGUAAUAUUAGCAGAUAAACCAUAACAUGCUGACUGACUGUGCUAGCUUGCCAAAAUUUGCUAGGUAGCCAAGUUAGCAAACAUGUUAGCUGCUAUUCCACUCAUGCCUCAGUCCACAUCAACCUAUUUCUUAAGUUAUUAAGGCAAAAAUUCAAUGAAAAUAUGUUUCUUGUCCUUGUGGAGAGGAAAUUGGAUAAUUAAUCUCCUACCUGUCAUGUACAUACUUCCAAGAGAAAUAACUGAAUCUAAAAUGUUAUCUCAGGCUGCAUUGAGGGUUCCCUCAGAUUUGAUUAAACUUUAUUGGCUUUUGUGCGCUUACAGGCGAGCUCAGAUUUACUGCAGCUAUUUUGAAUAACACUGGACAAUAGCAGUGCAUUGCUGCUAUGCUUUAUGAAUUGGUUUUUUAGGCUUGUGGGUUGAGACCUUUCCCUGCCUUUCACCAUUCCUUUGAGACAUUUCUGUGUUAAGUGGCUGUACCAAAGCUCAGGUUUAUGCCCUGCCCUUAACAUGAAUACUAUACAGAUGGUUUGGUCAUGGUGCUAUUACUAUAUGUAAAGGUUAAAGUUCACUGAAUUUUUGCCUGAUGGACUCAACUGAGGGGUCUCCAUGUUUAAACUCUGCCUUGUCCAUUAUUUUGCUUCAUCAAAACACAUUGUGUAUUAUCACUUAUACAUCAGGAUAUUUCAAAAUAUGGGAUCAUUGCCCGUUAUUUUUUUUUAUCAGGUUGAUACAGAUCUCUAGAAAAUCUAGGUAAUUAUCUUUUUGCAAUUCUUGAAGCCUUUUAGAUUUUACACAGCACAACUUAGAUGAACAUAGAUGUUUGCAUUAAGGACAUAAUUCCUAACUAGAAGCAGUUAACUUGGAAAUACAGUGGGGUCCAAAAGUCUGAGAUACUUCUAUUUUGCACUUGUUACUGCCAUAAAUCUCAAACUUGGAUUCAUCAGUAAGCAGGAUGUUUUUUUCCCAGUCAUCCACUGUGAGAUGCUGGUAUUUAGUAGCCCACCCCAAGUGUUCAGCCUUGUUUUCCCUCCUGAGAUGGGGUUUAGAAACUGCUACUUAUUCUCUGAGAUGUCCUUCUUUUGACAGUACUUUUGCUGAUUUGAGUCUUGUGUCCUUCAUUUAACAAAAUGCGUAUCUGUGAUGAAGUUGCUUUUCUAUCUCUCAGGGAUCUAAGAUUUAUCUAUUGAUCUUCUUAUGGUGUGGCCACUUUUUGUUUGCCUGAUCGUACUUUAGAUACAGCUGAUCCAGUUUCUGUAAAGCAUUUUAGACUUUCAUGCACUGACCACUUAGAAACCUUUAGUCUAGCUAUGAUUUGACACUGAGAAAGCCCCUCUUUGCUUAGAAUAACAAUUUGACCUCUGACACUUGGACUUAGUUCUGAUGCAAUCUUUUCCACUAUCACAGUUCUACUUAGUGAGCAAUGAAAUUUGAGGCAGUCUUAUUUAUAACAGGUGAACUCUGGCUCCAAGUGCCAUCUAAAUGCAUGUUUCAAUGUAAAAAAAAUACAACUCAAAGAAAUCUGACAUUUUGUACAGAGGAGUUAAGUUGGUUCCUCAAAUUUCCUUUAACUGGAUCACUGAUUCUUCUUAAUUCUACAUAAUAUAACUUCUUGUGUUUUUAAAUGUUUGAGUCCUCAAACUUUCUGAUCACUUCCAGGUUUAUGUUAAAAUAUUGGAGCGGUUUUCAAUGUGGUCUCUGACUUUUGGUCCCCACUAUGUUUGCUGUCGUAUAUUACAUUAAAUUGUCUAGAUUCUAAACAUUUUAAGAUGGGAGUUGGUUCAAGCACUUAUAUAUAGUUCAGGGACUUUUUCACACUUGUUUUAUAGUAGCACUGGAAAAGUAGUAUAACUUUAUUGUUGGGCUUCUCUUAUUUUCUUAGUUUUUGCCUCUUCUUGCACGAAAUGCAUUUGUUGUUUUUUUAAGAUUUGCAUUUCCUCUCCCUCCAAGAUAAAACUCUUAAUUUGUUGUAACUGAUAAAUCACCUUAAAUUAUCAUUUUUAGCAGUUGCUUCAAGUACGCAUGUGAGAUUAAGCAAAAUCUAGUUGCUGAUUCACUGUCAUUAAUGUCAGUUAAAUUGUUCUUGCAUUGACAAUCAUCCAGCAUCAUUCAAAAGUCACAGUUUAUUUUCUCAUUGAGUGUUUAAUGAAUUUUAAUUAAUAUAUUAUACACAUAUGAGAGCUUUGGGUUCACUGACAGGUAAAACACAUUUUUGUCUUUCUCUAUUGUAGCAAAUUAAGUGGCUGACUACCUCAUCUAAAAAAAACCCAUAUCAUAGUCUACUUUUCUCAUAGCUGUUUCAUGUAGCGAUUUGUCAUAUACACAUGUACUUUAUAUCAAAAGGCAGAUAGCUUACAGAAAGAGCUGUUAUAAAGUUGAUGUAAGACAGAAGAAAAUCUGUCAAAGUUCUACCAUAUGUAAAUAUUUCAGUCUUUCAAUCUUUGUAGUUAAUUGCAGCCUGAUCUAUUUAAUGUUUUUCUUGUUCUUUUUGUGGUGAAGAUGGAGCCAUGUAGGUUCAUUGUUAUUCAGACAGUUGUGACAAAAGGAAUUUUGAUGGUCUCCUGCUUCAGAAAAACUUUUUUAUUCUAAAAGAGGGGGAACAGUCUAUCUCCCCUUAUGUACCUACUCAAACGGAUAUUGUUUUUGUUAAUGCAGUAUUUAAUAAUCCGUAUUUAUUAAUGAAUGGUUUUAGCAUCAUUAAAAUCAUUAAAAUAACUAUGAAUGUAAAUGGCUUUAAUAAAACAAAAAGUAACUCCUAUAGGUAUUUAUAGACAUAAGUAUAUAAUGCUUAAGAGAUAUAUUUAACUGUCUUAUAUGAUAGAUCUGAAGGGAUAACAUUUAAGAUUGUUUCACUUUAUUCUGACACAAGUUGGGUAUCUUUUGCCUGGUAAAUAUAUAAGGACAAAAAUUCUUUACAUAACUGCAAAUGACGUGGCUCUUCAAAUGACUAAAGAGUAACCCUGUCCAUAAAAUCUGUGUACAGUUUUUUUAAAUUUUUUUAAAUUCACAUUUACAGUGUUUAAAGGAAUGACACUGGGUAUAUUUUGCAUGAUUGGACUAAAUCAUAUGUAUCUGUGGGAAGUUAGUUGUAUAUGGUGAAGUUUAUCUUUGAGGAUGUUAUAUUGAAAAUACUCGAGUGUUGGUGUGUGUACUGUAAAGUUAGCAGUGUAUUGAGUAGAUUAUCUGUGAUCCUGGAGUAUCGCAGAACCAGUUCAAAUUCUGGUUAUUGAUUCACUGAAGAUGUAUGAUAAAUUACCCUCAUACUGAAUAUGUUUAUUCCUAAUGUACAGUACAUGAACAUUGUGGAUGAGCUAACACGCCCAUGUUUGUGUGGUUGUAAAAUAUUGUGGAAAUGAGAUGUAAUUUGGUUUGGUUCUGCUUGUUAGGUUGGUAUUUUUUAUUCCUCUGGAAGAAAAAGGCAUGUACUUUGUCAGCUCCUUACUGCAUUGCUAAAUGAAACAGAACAAAAACCCUCAGGGAUGAAACCCUCACCACUUCUUAUUCAGGUAUUCCACUUUACUCUUUAGACUUUGCAAGCAGGGAUGUGAAGUUAAUGAGCUUAGCAAAAAAUUUGGUCAGGUUCCAGCUGCAGCAAAUGUUAUUUUUUUAAUCUCUAAAAUUUAUUUUUUAAUCUCUAAAAGUUACAUUUGAGAUAUUUUGGCAUGCUGUACAAAUCAUUUUUGUGUUUUACAGCCAACUAAAUUGUAGUAUAUCUUUUAACUGUUUUAUUAUUUUUAUACUUUGUUGCACGAUGAAUGUCAGUAUAACCUUAAAGUAAGUUAAGGUAAGAUGUUGACCACUGCUGUAUUAAAUAACAGUAACAAUUAAAUAACAGUUUUUUUGCAGUUCAGUGCCCCAAACAGGACACAUUUAAUUUAAAAAAAAACUGCUUAAUGUAACAUCCUAAAACUGCAUUUCUGAACAUCUCGAUCUUUUGACCAUCUAAAAGCAUUUCCUCAUUUCAACAAAAAAAAAACAUGCAUUCAAGUUAAUUGCCUGAUUCAUAAAAUUUCACUUUACUACUUUGUUAUAUAGCUGGAAGAGGCAAUGUAGCAAGCUAAACUCUAGAUUUUUUACCAUCUUUGCUACAGCUCAAAGGUGACGUGACAGAUUUCAAGUUACAGAUUUCAGCUUUACUAUGUCAAAUGUAUUCUUAUAAUUUAUUAUUUACAGUUUUAUACAAAUAUAUUGCUGGUUUGUAAUUAUCAGACCAUUUUAAACAAAUAGUAGUCAACAGAGCACCAGGUUUUCUUGUUUUUUUUUUUCUGCCUAUAUGUUCAUCUUACAGUUGCCAGCACCUCUUGCUCUGCAAAGCUAUUUCUCUUUUUCAUUACUCAGUGUAGCCUUGUGACGCAUCACCUCAGGAAUCCAGAUCUGGUUUCAUUAGUCUGUUCAUUUUCUUGUUAAAAGACCACAGUGUAGCUUGGGAAGUACUUGUUUUACAGAGAAAAUAAACUUUUCAGAGUUAGAUUAAUAUAUUUUUGGCAUAAUGUGAUGGUAUAAAGGAGGAUUUUGUAAUAGAUCUACCUCACUGACACAAUUUUAGCCAAAUACAAAAAAACAAAAAAACAAAACAAAACAAAAAAAAAACAUGGCCCACCCAAUUAACUUAUUAAUUUAGAUUUACACUGACACAAAGAAAACUUGUUUUUAGAAUAACUAAUUUUGCAGAUGUUCAGUCAUAUAUGACUUUUCUUUUACUGUUUAAUCUGUCUUAAGUUGUUGAGCGCUUGUAUCUAAAUGUCACCCUUCACACUAGUCAUUAAAUACACAAAAACCUUACGAAAAUGAUGUACUCUAUACUUGCCCCGAUGUAUUUGCUCUUUCAAGUGAUAAACAUGUGUUUGACUUGUUUUAAUCAAAGUGGGCCACCAUUACUAAAUGUCUUGUGCAUGUGAAAAAAAUUCUUGAUGUAUGCUGUAACAAAAAGCACCAGUCUGCAAAGAAGAAAAAUGUAAUAGCUGUAACAAUGUAAUUGGUAAAUUUCACUGGAUCAAAGAUUCACUUUUAAAAGUCACUUAUUCUUCUAAUAAAUAUGCAAUGAUGAACGUUGGUAUAUAUUUGUUGAUUAUUC